AUGCAAAACCUAGUAGGAAAGAUUUAUACAAAUUGUAUAUACAUUAUUCUAGUAAUAUUAUUAUAUGAUGUUCAAAAUGGGUUAACUCAACUAAAUCCAUAUUUUCAAUUCAUACCAAAAAAUGACAAUUUACAUACUAAAAUAUAUGAUUAUUCAAAAGGAUUUGACGAAGAUCAUUUCACCUAUGAACUACAAUAUCCGAUUCCAAUAUAUGAAACACUAAUUAAAAAAAUUACUAUCCGUAAAAAUGGUCUCCUAGCACUAGAUAGCAUUUCUGAUGAUAAUCUGCCAUCACAUUAUCCUGUCAAUACGAGUAUCACAAAUCAACGUUUACAAGAUUUUGAUGGACGAUAUUUAAGCAUUUUCAGUUCAGUGAAUGAUGGAAAAUAUGGAAGAAUUCGUGUCACGGAAAUUGAUUUACUAUCACCUUCAAAACUACCAUGUGUAGAGAGAAUGCAAAUAGAUCGUCUAAUAAAGUUUAUACAUUUAUCAUAUAUAGAAGAAUCUGAAUUACAGGCUCAGUAUAUUGUACAUAUACUGUGGGAGAACAUGACAAACGCUUACCUAAUCAACCAGAAAGCUAACACGUAUGGAAUGAUAAUAAUUUCUAAUGGAAUACGUUCUUACGCUUUCAUGCAAUACAUACAAAUAGAGUGGAAUGAAAAUGAUGUCGCAGAGAAUCUAGCUUUACCACCUGAAUCUGGUAUAUUUAUGAGACCUUUUGGAGGUUAUCAGUUGCCAAGAAGUUCUCAAGCUGUAGAACCAAAUAUAUGGUUAACUGAAACAAACAUAGCCCUACAUGGAGAAUGGCUUGUUCCUUUAUACAAGUCCGAAAAUAUAGCUAAAAUAAAUGUUAAGAAUUUAAGUGCAGUUGCCAGUGAAUUUGUUGCAUCUUUGACAAGUGUUUGCGAGGGUUCACUUCAUUCACGUAAAUCAAAUAACGAAACACCAUCUGAUACGGUCGUCAUUAAAAAUGUAAACAUUGACAAUACAUCAGAAGAGCCGAUUGCUAGAACACAGAGUUUUAAAAGAGCUUUGGAAAACCAUGAAGAUUAUGAUCAUAACGUUUCAUCAAAUGACUAUAGUUAUGGAAUGACGGAAAAUGUACCGAAAGCUGCAUGGAAUAUCCUGAGAGAUGAAACUGAAUUCUCAGGUGUUGAUCCCCUCAAUCAAAAUGAAGUGAAUAUUCUACCAGAGAAUGAAACUGGAAAUAACUUUUAUCAUGAAAGUAAUCAGUUUGUUGUUGAUAAUAAAGAGUACACACCCACAGACACAAUUACAACAGAGACUUACUAUCCUUUGGGUCGGUAUGAUGGAGAUGAGGAAAGGCAGGAGAUAAAUGAACCUCUUAUUGUACCGGUCACUAUACACCCAUUGAGUGAUGACGAUGAUGAUGAUCUAAUCGGUAAUAAGGGAGAAUACAAAUCCGUGAAUGAAACGUUUUCAAACAGUUUGGUGAAAUGUGAUGCUGUUAGUGAAUGUAAUAGUCAUAACACAGAAUGCUAUCGAGUUGAUAACGCUGCCUGCUGUAUAUGCAGUGAUGGAUUUUUCGGUGCAGGAAAUGCCAAAUGUUGGUCCGAAGUCAAUGAUCAUAAAUUUUCUUUUUCUGGUUCCCUAACCGCACACUUUGGUAUUGAGAAUACCAGUUCACCUCUGCUUAUCUAUCUGGAUAUUCAACAUGGUUCACUAAGACGCAGUUCUAGUGGAAUUCGUGGUGGUCAGACAAACGACAGAAUAUAUUCAACUAUGCGUUUAAUUACACCUGUAUUCCACAUUUUAAAUUCAAUGGUUUCUAGUCCUUGUGAAAAUAUUCCAAAAAGUGAACGUGUUUAUAAUCUUUUCACGUUAGGAAAUGGAUUACAACGUCCUUUCAAGGUGUUAUUCCAGUUUGAUAUUGAAAGAGUUGGGAAAUUUGCAGUUCAAGCUGUACUUGAGCUACACGAUUUCACAACAGGAGCAUACGCAAAUGGUGUAAUACAAUUAGAGGCGUUCAGUACAGAAAGUUUAAACCUACUCGAUCGGUCUUAUAUGGAGGCUUACAGUGCUUCUGAUAAGCCAGAUAAAACGUAUUACGCCAAUUAUAAAAUUGAUGAUAAUGGCCGUAUUGUAUUUCCAGAGCAAACUGUUAAAUUUAUUGCUGAGCAUCGUGACUCAAAUGAAAUAAGUAAUUUUCCUGAAGAAAUUAAUGUACACUGGUCUGCUGUUGCUGAGUCAGAAAGUUGCUUGCUUAAACAAGUCAGCUCUAUACCUAGGAAUAAAUCGUAUUAUAUUCGUCUCAAAGAUCGUGGCUACUGUAGUGAGGAUUGUUCAUCACCAGAUGGCACAUGUAAUUUAUUCUGUGUAGAUGAACCGUUAUUAUUAGCUACAGAACCAAGUCCUUGUGACUGUGUAACGUGUGAUCGUCAUGGUGAAGUGUGUCGACCAGAGGGUGCUAGUUAUAGAUGUGAAUGUGGUCAGGGAUUGAAGCUAAUGCCUGAUAACACAUGUCAAGCUACUUCAUUGGUGGAUGUAACUAACUAUCUCGGUGUACAGUGUGGUUCUGUCAAUUGUCAUACCCAUGCUCGCUGUAUUGAUCCAAAUCAAGCGUUUUGUCAAUGCUUACCUGGCUAUAGAGGAGAUGGUGUUAGCCAUUGUGAAAGUGAUCCAUGUUCUAAAUGUCGUCGUAAUGAGAUUUGUGAAAAUGGUAUAUGUAUAGCAAGUGGUGUUGAUCUAUGCGAAGGGAUUCAGUGUGGAGAACAAGCGUUCUGUCAAGAUGGUGCUUGCGUUUGUACACCAGGUUAUACUGGCGACCCAGUUGUCAAAUGUUAUGAAGAAAGAGAUCCAUGCUCUGAGGUUAGGUGUCAUCCAUAUGCUAAAUGCAGAAAUGGUAACUGUGAAUGCCUACCUGACUAUUAUGGUGAUGGUUAUCAUGUUUGUAAACCACGUAAUUAUGAUCCAUGUGAUUAUGUUCAGUGUCAUCAUUAUGGAUAUUGUAUUAAUGGUAGCUGUCAGUGUCGUGCUGGAUUCGAAGGAAAUGGUUACUACGACUGUCGCCGUAUUCAAGUAGAUCCUUGUUCUCUUGUACAAUGUCAUUAUGAUGCCACAUGUCACAAUGGUGUUUGUGCAUGUAAAAAUGGUUAUAUUGGUGAUGGUUAUAGAGAGUGUAGACCAAGAGAAACCGAUUUAUGUCAUCACAUUCAAUGUCAUCCAUAUGCACAGUGUGAAAAUGGACAGUGUCAUUGUAUUGAAGGUUAUAUUGGUGAUGGAUAUUACGAUUGUCAUGUAAGAGAUCCUUGCACUGGUGUAAAAUGUCAUCAAUAUGGAGAGUGCAUCAGUGGACGAUGUCAUUGUCUUAGAGGAUACGAAGGUGAUGGGUAUUAUAAUUGUAGACAAACAGUCACUGAUCCAUGUUCAAAUGUUCAAUGUCAUCCUAAUGGUUAUUGUAAAAAUGGACGUUGUUUAUGUUUAAACGGUUAUGAAGGUGAUGGUUAUUAUGGAUGUCGUCCAGUUGAUAAUGAUCCUUGUACGGGAGUACAGUGUCAUUCUAAAGCAGAAUGUCAAAAUGGUUACUGUCGUUGCCUGAAUGGCUACGAGGGGGAUGGUUUUAAUUAUUGUUAUGCAAUGCGAGAUGAUCCGUGUUCUAGUAUGAGAUGUCAUAUAAACGCUAAAUGCUUUGAUGGUGAAUGCCGAUGUUUGGACGGCUAUCAGGGAGAUGGAAAACAUUAUUGUGAUCCUAUUCAGCAGGACCAGUGUCAAAAUAUUCGUUGUCAUGAGUUUGCAAAUUGUCAAAAUGGUAGAUGUCAAUGUAAUGCAGGUUAUGAAGGAGAUGGUUACUGGGAAUGUAAAUCCAUAAAAAGUGAUCCGUGUUCUAGUAUGAGAUGUCAUAUAAACGCUAAAUGCUUUGAUGGUGAAUGCCGAUGUUUGGACGGCUAUCAGGGAGAUGGAAAACAUUAUUGUGAUCCUAUUCAGCAGGACCAGUGUCAAAAUAUUCGUUGUCAUGAGUUUGCAAACUGUCAAAAUGGUAGAUGUCAAUGUAAUGCAGGUUAUGAAGGAGAUGGUUACUGGGAAUGUAAAUCCAUAAAAAGUGAUCCGUGUUCUAGUAUGAGAUGUCAUAUAAACGCUAAAUGCUUUGAUGGUGAAUGCCGAUGUUUGGACGGCUAUCAGGGAGAUGGAAAACAUUAUUGUGAUCCUAUUCAGCAGGACCAGUGUCAAAAUAUUCGUUGUCAUGAGUUUGCAAACUGUCAAAAUGGUAGAUGUCAAUGUAAUGCAGGUUAUGAAGGAGAUGGUUACUGGGAAUGUAAAUCCAUAAAAAGUGACCUUUGCAAAUAUGUUCGAUGUCAUGAAAAUGCAAAAUGCAAUGAAAACGGUAAAUGUCAGUGUCUUGAUGGUUUUUCGGGAGAUGGAUACUAUGAAUGCCAGAAAAGUUCACAAGAGUUAUGUGCUGGCGUUCAAUGUCAUCGUUUUGGUCAAUGUUAUGAAAAUCGAUGCUACUGCAGUCAUGGAUACGUUGGGGAUGGGGUUAACUUUUGUGAUGCACGUGUAGACGAUCCAUGUGAUGGCGUUCGUUGUGCUGCUAAUGGACGUUGCCAGGAUGGUCGAUGCGUAUGUGAUCCUGGUUAUACAGGAGAUGGUUACAAUGAAUGUCGAGAAGCCGAGGGUGUGAAAUUGUGUGGUAAUGUACAAUGUCAUCAAUAUGCUACAUGUGAUAGAGGACAAUGUCGUUGUGUUACUGGUUAUGAUGGUGAUGGCUAUUCAGAUUGUCGACCAGUUACAGAAGAUAAGUGCUCACGAGUGAGAUGUCAUCCAGAUGCUCAGUGUACUGAUGGUUACUGUUUCUGUCCUACUGGUUUCGAGGGAGACGGAUAUUACGAGUGUAAACGAAUUACUCAAGAUCGCUGUGCGAAUGUUCAGUGUCAUGAAAAUGCUAAAUGUGACGACGGGUAUUGUCGUUGUAAAGAAGGUUUUGAGGGUGAUGGAUACAGUGAGUGUAGACGUAAAAGUGAAGAUAGAGAUCCAUGUGCACGUGUUCGCUGUCAUCCCCAAGCUCAGUGUGAGUAUGGGUUUUGCCGCUGUAAAAAUGGUUAUAAAGGUGAUGGCUAUUGGAAUUGUCAACCUAUACAAAGUGAUCUCUGUCGGGCAGAACAAUGCCAUCAGUUCGCUAGAUGUGUUGAAGGUCGAUGCCGCUGUUUGGACGGAUAUGAAGGAGAUGGCUAUCAGAUGUGUAAUAUAAUACCUGGAGCAACUUCAGCAGAUUGUGGUAAUUGCAAUGGUAUACCUUUCAAAGAACUAGCUCAGUGUGUUGGUGGACGAUGUGUUUGCGCUCGUGGAUUUAUUGAAGUUCAGACAGGUGUCUGUAUGGAAUGUGUGCAAGACAAUUGUCAUCAGGAUGCUGUCUGUCGACCGGAUGACAGAUUUAAUGGCGCUUAUUCAUGUCAUUGUAAAGCUGGUUUUACUGGAGAUGGAGUAUCUGUUUGCAAACCUGAAAGUGUAGGUAGACAAAAUGCCACAUCAUCACACUCCUUUGAUCCUACGUGCGGUGGAGGCUGUAGGAUACGAAAUGCGGAAUGUGAUCGAUAUACUGGAACAUGUAAAUGUCGAUCAGGUUAUGAUGGCGAUGGAGAAAGGGGUUGCUACUGGAACUGUAAGCUGUGUCAUCCGAGUGCUAUUUGUGAUCGUGAAAACGAAAGAUGUAUUUGUCCAUCUGGUUAUCGUGGAGAUGGACAAACAUUUUGUGAACAAAUUCCAGUUAGGCAAGAUUCUAUAAAAGUUCGAAUAAUGGGAGAAGGAGAAGUAAUGCAUAUUACAGAUAUAUCUCAUCCGCUUGAAUUAAGAUGUUUCGUAACUGGAAACGAUCAGUCAUAUUCCGGCCAGUGGAUUCAACCACAUUCUGCUCAAGAACCAAUAGUGACUAAAACUAGACAACAAGACGGCUAUGAAAUUUCCCUCCGUAUAAAUCAACCUACAAUAACUGAUAGUGGAAGGUAUGAGUGCCGUGCAGGGAAUGUUGCUGCUUUCAUAGAUGUAAAUGUGGAAGAAUCUGCAAUUCCAUUCACUGUGCUACUUACAAGUGAUGAUGGAAUUUUAAUGACACAAUCUACCGAUUCAAAUGUAACCAAAGCUACUCUAUGGAAUAUCGCUGAAAAUAACAAAUAUGGACGUGUCUCCAUGGUUGGUGAUUGUAAUAGUCAACGAAUUAUAUAUACAUCUGAUUAUGGUCAUACUAUCCGAUGGGGUAAUUCAAACUCUGGACAAAAUAAAUUGGUGACAAAAGAAAUAUACACUUCUCAAUUUAACCGAUUUCGUAAUUUGGCGGUAGAUUCAUUGUCUGGAAAUGUAUUUGCCUGGGAAGAGGCCUUUGGAAAAAUUAUGGUAUUCAAUCCAAAUAAACCAAAUAUUCAUUAUACACUUGAAAGUUUACAUAGCCUAACUUCUUCUGAACAACAAAAUUUCGCUGGGCUAGCUUUGCACUCCACAUUAGGUCUAAUGUACUGGGCAAUAUACACAGACGGUUGGAGACCGAAUGGUACAAUUCAAGUGGCUUCAAUGUCUGGUGAAAAUGAGGAGCAAUUAUUACAACUCACUGGUGAACCAUUGGCAAUUAGUAUAUCACCAGCAACGCCAGUUAAUGGUAAUUCUGCUGGAAAAUUAUGCUGGAUGCAAAGAUCUUCUAAAGGAAUGUUUGGAUUAGUCACUGAACUACAUUGUGCACGAUUAGGUCAAACAGGAAGAGAGAUAUUAACCAAUGAAAAGAUAAGAGAAUUUAGUCCUUCUGAAGAACCAUCUUUUGGUAUGACACAAUAUAAAGGGACAUUAUUGUGGACAGAUGCUUCAAAGACAGUCUAUUACUCUAUCAAUCCUGAUCGCCGAAUACGUGUCCGUUAUGUCUGUUGUUCUAAUCGUUUCCAAGCCUUAUCAGUAUUAGGUGAUUGUCCACAAGCUUCAACUAAUCCAUGCACUUAUUCUAAUGGACGAUGUCGUUAUAUAUGUUUACCAAAUGAUGGUGGUAGAUCACGUACAUGUGUAUGUCCUGAUAAUGAACCUGGAUGUCAUAAAGAAAUGUAA